AUGAAAGUCAUCAUCAAUGGUGGAGGUCUUGGAGGUCUUGGGGCCGCAAUUGCUCUCCAGAAAAAGGGCCACCAGGUUACGGUGCUUGAAGUAGCUCCGGCAUUAUCCGAGGUUGGUGCUGGUAUCCAGAUCCCUCCCAACUCAAGCCGGAUAUUGUGCAGCUAUGGCCUCAAGGACAAGUUCCUGGGGAAGGUCGUGUGGCCCCAACACUUUGCCUUCAAAAGAUACGCGACGGGGCGGCUAUUGGGAACGACACCAUUGCACCCUCAUCUCUCGGAAAAGUACGGAUCUCCUUACUGGCUCAUCCAUAGAGCUGAUUUUCAGGGGCUUCUUUUUGACGCCGCAAAAGAGUUGGGUGUCGAUAUCCGCCUUGGUUGCUACGUCGAGUCGGUCAACGUUGAUGACCCAAGCGUGAAGCUGGCAAGUGGGGAGACUUUGACGGCCGACCUAGUCGUGGGAGCAGAUGGCAUCCGCUCCAAGACGCGGGAGGCGCUUCUCGGGAGAAUUGUUGAGCCAAACCCAGCGGCCAACUGCUCCUAUCGCGCAACUGUCCCUGCCGAGAUCAUGUCUGCUGAUCCGGAUAUUUCCCACCUCAUGACGGACAUCAACGCCAACUGCUGGAUUGGGCCUGAUCAUCACAUAAUGGCCUAUCCCAUCCGUCAGGGCGCUAUGUACAACCUUGUCCUGUCUCAUCCUAGUGGCCUCGCAACGCCUGGCAGAUGGAACGAACCCGGCAACCUAGAGAAGAUGCGCGAACACUACAAAGACUUUGAUCCAAUCAUCCAAAAGGUCUUGUCCAAGGUUCAGAGCUGUCUUAACUGGAAGAUUGCCGACUUGCCCAACUUGACUACUUGGGUCAGUGAAAACGGCAGAGUCGUGCUGCUAGGGGAUGCUGCCCAUGCCAUGGUGCCGUUCCUGGCUCAAGGCGCAGCACAGGCUAUUGAGGAUGGCGCAUGCCUCGCGGAAUGUCUAUCUCGCGCCAAAAGCCCGUCUGAUAUCCCAGAUCUCAUGCGUGCGUACGAAGCCAUCCGCAAACCGCGAGCCGAGCGGGUGCAGCAGGCGACUCGAGACUCUAGCCGUGUCUGGCACUUGCAUGAUGGGCUUGAACAGGAAGCCCGGGAUCUGGCUUUGAGCGGUAGGGAGUUCCAGCCUUGGCUAUUUGGACAUGAUGAGAUAGCCUUGACGAACGCGAGGCUGGAUGAAAUGUUUCAGCUUGAGGAGUAG